GUUCGAGAUUGGGUGGUGUAUUGUGUUAGGAUGUCUAGUCAUUUAUUUGUGCUUUUUUACAUUUCACACUUAUUACACACAAUGCUGCCCGUGAGCGAGGAGACCAAGGACAAGCUGCGCAAGGCCACCGACGUCGCCAAGACGGUCGUGCACUGGGGUUUCCUGCCCCUCGUCAUCUACCUCGGCAUGACCACUGGCGAGCCGCGGCCAUCCUUGCUGACUCUUGUUAGCCCCCUUUGAAACAAGAAGAACACCUGAACAAAACGCUCGUUUGAAUAUUGCUACUUACUGGGGGGCAUGAGUGGAGUUGCGAGAAAUUUUGUGUCUCUUUUUGUGUGUUUUCAAUUGCAUAUUAAACAGCUGCACACCAACACAACA